AUGACGAACUCUGAUCCAUCCUAUGAUAAAAUCCACGAUGAUCGACUUGAUUGUGAAAAAAAUGAAGCAGCUAGUCGUCCGCACCAACUGAUUAGAGCCUUUGAUUUGGGAGCAGUAGCCAUCUUACUAACUCAAGUGUCAGGAAUCUGUUUUUUGACGAUUUGUGAUAUAAUCUUCAACAUUACAGAGGAGAAGCCGGGUGACGUACUAGGAGCGUUUCUCAUAACUUGUACGUUCCUCGGUGUGUUCUCGUUAUUAUAUGGGUUUAUGAGAUCAUUCUAUCAAAUCAUAUAUAACGCUCUUCAUGAUCAAGAGUUGGUAAGCUUCCUGGAAAACCUUAUGUUCUACACAAGUAUGCUGAUCUCUCCUGUCAACCUACUAGUUCUGGUUUCAAUCGGAAAUGAAAUUAGUGAACGUGGCAAAAUCUAUUUUCCCUUCAAAACUUUCUUUGUUGUGAUCAUCCAUGUCAUAUUGCUCAUUUUGAGUUUGGUGAAACUUUUGAAAAGCAAGAUGAAGGCGAAGCUUGAAUCCUUGCAUGUUCUUCAAACAUCUGUUAUUGCGUACUGGUCGGCUAUUUUAUUUGCUAUAGUUCUGAGUUAUUUGACACCCACACCCAGUUACAGUUUCGAUCAAUAG